AAUCACGCCUCGUUAAUUUUCUGUGAUCCUGUGACGGAAUCAGGUCGCGUAUAAACGCACCUGGAGCUGGAGGAGCCAGAGGAUCCAAGAGGAGCCAGAGGAGCAGGACGCACUGAGGCGCACGUCGGCUUUUUCAUAUAUAUUUAUAUAUAUAAUAAAGAGGAACUUCACAGAUUAAUAACAAAAGAAGAGACAAUGAAUCCAGUUUGCUGUUUCUCUCUGUUUCUACUGCUUCAUCUCACAGGAGCCAAAUCUGUCCCCGAUCUACAGAGUUUGAAGCAGAUCCUGGAGGAUUUCAACACCGCGCCGUAUUAUUCCUCAGAGGAGAUGGAGAGGGAGGCGAGAGAUGGACGCAACAAGUCGGAGUUUGGAGCUCCGGAGAAACACUCCUGGGACUGGGAGUCCUCGGACCCGAGCAACUCUGCUCUGCCUGCAGAAGAAAACGUCCUGAUGCGGCUGUUUAAAGACCUGAUGAGAACCUCCAAGCGCGCGUCGAGCCGGUACAAGAAGGGCGGACUGAGGAGCUGCUUCGGUGUCCGGCUGGAGAGGAUCGGCUCCUUCAGCGGGCUGGGAUGCUGAAAGUAAGGAGCGUAGAGAGGCGUCCACAGGAGUCGAGAGCUCUCGGUCCCAGCGUCUUCAUCAAGUCAUCGUCGUCUCCAACACUGGAGCUCUUCUCACGGUCGACCAUCUGCGACUCACUCACAACUGUCAUGUCUUUUACUUGUUGAAUAUAUACUGUAUAUAUAUACACAUACAUAUGUAUACAAUAAAUUAUUGUAAAUGUAUUUAUUUAUUUUAUUAUUUUAUUGUUAGAUACAAUACAUUUGCCUUGUAAUAUUCUAGUAAAAGGAUUAUUUUGCAUAA